CUUGUAACACACACACACACAGCAGAAUGUCGGUAUUGGAGUACACACCGCUGGACGAGAUCCCGAUUAGGGUGCAAAAGCUGAGGGAGUCCUUCCACUCUCGUAAGUUCGACCCUGUUGAGGUCCGUCUACGCAACUUGAGGAAGUUGUACUAUGCGAUUGAGGACAACCAGGACGUGUUGUGCCAGGCGGUUGAGAAGGAUCUCAACAAGCCGGUGAACGAGACACGUGUGCUGGAGAUCAACAUCAUCCUGGGCGACUUGCUCUUCAUCAUGGAGAACUUGAAGUCGUGGGCCAAGGACCGCCGGCCGGAGGCGGUUCCCUUGAUGUACAAGUUCAGCGGCUCGAGAGUUGAAAGCAUCCCCUUGGGCACGGUGUUGGUGAUUGGGACCUUCAACUACCCGCUCAGCUUGGCCCUACAGCCGGUGAUUGGUGCCAUUGCCGCUGGUAACACCGUUGUGUUGAAGCAGAGCGAGCAGUCUCCACACGUCUCCGCGGUGCUCUCUGAGAUAUUGGCGGACCAGAUGGAUAACGAGUUGGUGCAGUGCAUCAACGGUGGUGUUGAAGAAACCGGGGUGCUAUUGGAUCAAAAGUUUGACAAGGUGUUCUACACGGGCUCAGGCACCGUUGGUAAGAUCAUCGCAAAGAAGUGUGCUGAGAGCUUGACACCGUGUAUUCUUGAGCUUGGUGGUAAGAGUCCAGCCUUUGUCACAGCGCAGUCCAAGAACUUGGACCUUGCUGCAAAGAGAAUUGUCAAUGCGAAGUUUGUCAAUGCUGGUCAAACAUGUGUUACUGUGGACUACUGUUUGGUUGAGGAAUCAAUCUACAACGAAUUCACAGAGUACCUUGUCAAGUGGACAAAGAAGUUGUAUGGCGAUGCUAACGCGGAUAACUAUACAAAGAUUGUCAAUGGUCGAAACGUGAAGCGUAUCCUGUCUCUCUUGGACUCCACCAAGGCCACGGUCUUGUACUCUGGCGAACACAAUGCUGACGAACGCUUCAUCCAUCCAACGUUGUUGGAGAAUGUCGAAUGGCACGAUUCCACAAUGACUGAUGAGUUGUUUGCUCCAAUCUUGCCACUUCUCAAGUACAAGUCGUUGGAGAGUGCUAUCGAAUCUGUCAUUAAGAACCACGAUACUCCGUUGGCGUUGUAUGCGUUUACUGAUUCGAAAAACGAGUCUAAGCUAAUUCAACAGCGUAUACGUUCUGGUGGAUUCAUGCAAAACGAUGCUGUUAUGCACGUUGGUAUGCCACAGUUGCCGUUUGGUGGUAUUGGAACCUCUGGUUAUGGCCAAUACCAUGGCCAUGAUUCGUUCAGGGCAUUCUCUCAUGAGCGUGCCAUCAUUAAGCAACCUUGGUGGACAGAGAUUCUAUUGGAUGCCAGAUAUAGGCCAAUUUCGAACUUUGAUGCCACUUUGGCCAGAUUUGCCACGGUUCCCUUCAAGACCUUUGCGAGGACUGGUAAGAUCGUCAGUUUCAAAUCCGCAGCGUUCAAAGCAGUGAUUGGAAUUGUUGCCAUGUAUGGGUUAUACGUUGGUUUCACCAGUGACCGUGACGCCAAAUUGAUCAACAUAUCCUUUUGAGACUGAUGCUAUUUAGCGUGUGCGUGUUCUGUCGCCCUUUCGCCUUUAGUCUAACAGCGAAUCUAUAUGAUCCAGCUCUGAUUUGAGCUUUUCCGAC